CAGUUUGUCCCUCGUCCCGCUCCGUAGAGUGGAGCGCGCGGUUUAAAGUCGUCUGCGGCGGCGGUUGUUCGAAUCUCAACGGCUGUAGUUGACUGCGGUAGCCAGGGAGGAUUGUUCCGACGCUUCCGCAGACUUGUUCCUGUUCAAAACCUAGGGUGUGCUGUGUUUUGUUUUGUUUUGUUUUUUAAAUAAUGGAAGGACCAAAUCCCUUCAAGACACCUAGCAAAUUACCUGAGAAGAAGAAAUCUUCAUGCUUAACUCCAUCAUCUAUAGCUAUUCCAGCUUCUCCAUUUAUGAAAAAGCUUGGCUAUGGCACUGGAGUAAAUGUUUACCUUAUGAAAAGGUCUCCCAAAGGCUUGUCUCGUUCUCCUUGGGCAGUGAAAAAGAUUAAUUCCAAAUGUAAUGAACAUUAUCAAAGUAUAUAUCAAAAGAGACUAAAUGAUGAAGCUAAGAUUUUGAAAGACCUUCAGCAUCCAAACAUUGUAGGUUAUCGGGCAUUUGCUCAAGCCCAGGAUGGAAGUAUGUGUCUUGCUAUGGAGUAUGGAGGAGAAAAGUCUCUCAACGACUUAAUUGAGGAAAGAAAUACCAACUGCCAUUCUCCUUUCCCAGCUGCUAUAAUUUUGAAGGUUGCUUUGCACAUGGCAAGGGGGUUAAAGUAUCUGCACCAAGAAAAGAAGCUCCUACAUGGAGAUAUAAAGUCUUCAAAUGUCGUAAUUAAAGGUGAUUUUGAAGCAAUUAAAAUCUGUGACGUAGGAGUCUCACUGCCACUGGAUGAAAAUAUGACUGUGAGUGACCCUGAGGCGCAUUACAUUGGCACAGAACCCUGGAAACCAAAGGAAGCUCUGGAAGAAUGUGGUAUCAUUACUGAUAAAGCUGACAUAUUUGCCUUUGGCCUAACUCUUUGGGAGAUGUUGACCCUAACCAUUCCACAUGUUAAUCUUCCAGAGGAUGAGGAUGAUGAAGACAAAACUUUUGAUGAGAGCAUGUUUGAUGAUGAAGCAUACUAUGAAGCACUGGGAACAAGGCCAGCCAUUAAUAUGGAAGAAUUGGAUGAAUCAUAUCAAAAAGUAAUUGAACUGUUUUCUGUUUGCACUAAUGAGAAUCCUAAAGACCGUCCCUCAGCUGCAUACAUAGUUGAAGCUUUGGAAAUGAAUAUAUAACAGCCUUUUAUUAAUUAGGAUUUCCUAAAAUAAUCUAAUAAGAAAUUAUGAGCUUCCUUAGAAAUUGCUUUAGAAUUUCUAAUACUCGUGUUCAUUUUUUACUUAUGAUGCCUGCCUUUUAGAUGUAUUGCCGUCAGUGGGUCUUCAUUAUAUUCCACGUGACCCUCAUACUCAAGUGCUCCUGGAGAGUUGCUUUGCAAACUUAAAAAACUGCCAAUAAAGAACUUUAGUCUUA